AACAAGAUGGCGGCGCCCGGGACACACGUAGGGCAUUACGUACAGAGAAAUGGACGUUUUCUGUUAAAUAACUUGCAAAAACUGUGUGGUCACAGGAGUUUUCACCGGACCUCUGCUCUCCAACAACAAGCUGCUGAAGCUAACGAAGAAUCUGCACAGAGCAUUGUCAUCCCCAGGAAGAAAACAUGGAGCAAGGAGGCAGUCCUGGAGGCUCUGUCUUCCACAGUGGGCAGGGACCCCACAGCAUAUCGGUACCAGUUCCAGGAUGACCCUUUCCUCUCACCCAGGACAUCCUCUGAGUUUACACUGUUCUCUCUAUCUCAAGAGUCUGGCCGAUCUGCGGCGAAAUUCUUUAUUAACAACAAUCCCAAGCUCUUCACCAAAGACUUUGCUGAACCGCACAUACCAUGCCUGAUGCCAGAGACUGUGUCACUGCUUCUGGAGGAGGUGAGUGAGGAGGCCCUGAAGGAAAGAAUUCAUCUGAGGAGAGUUACAGCUGCCGUGGAUAUGUACGAUCAGCUUCUUCAAGCGGGUACAGCCGUCUCCAUGGAAACGACUCAUGACCUGCUGGACCUGAUUGCUCUCUACUGUGACAGAAACCCUGCUGAGGACGGGGGGCCACAGACAGAAAGUUCUGAGGAGUCAGGGGAGGAGGCGAAGAAAAAGAAAGGGAGGUUUCGUCAAGCGUCAUACUUUCUAAAUGCCACAUGGAAGGAAAACAAUAAUGCAGAGAGGAUCUUUAACCUGCUGUCAGAGAAAGACACACGGUGUUAUGCUGCUCUGAUCAGAGGCAUGGUCAGGCAUGGAGCAUAUGCAAGGGCCUUCAGCUUAUACACAGACAUGCUAAACAACAGAAUCACUGGUGACAUCCACAUCUUCAACGCUCUGAUCUCAGCGGCUUCAGAAGUCAGAGAGCAAUAUAAUGAGAGAUGGGACCUCAUCACUGAGCUGUUGAAGCAGAUGAAUCAACAGAAAAUUCAGCCCACCCUGCAGACCUUCAACAGCGUCCUCAAAGCGCUCAGACGCUGUGGCUUUUUGGCCAAAACUCAGGCUCUGCACACCCUGAGCGAGAUGAAGGCAUUGGGGAUCGCUCCCAGUUUGGCCUCCUUCAACCACAUCCUGGUUGUGUUUUUCAGACCAGGGUCUUCUGGCCCCGGCAAUGUGGAUAUUUUACAGGAAAUUAUGUCAGAGAUCAGUGGAAUGAGCUUCACCUGCCAAGACCCUGAUGAUGUAUAUUUCUUCUGUACUGCAAUGAAAAUAUGUCUAGAUAACAAAGACCUAGAGCUGGGAUAUAAAGUCCACGCUCUCGUAGAAGUGGGUGAAAACAGGAGGCUGGUGGGAGAUCCCUACCAACAGAGUAUUUACUACGGUCGCUUCUUCAACCUGCUGUGUAUGAUGGAGCAUGCCGAUGUGGUGUUGAAGUGGUACAAACGGCUCAUUCCCUCGUUGUACUACCCAAACACUCAGGGUCUGAAGGACCUGCUGCAGACUCUUGAUACAGAGAGUCGUUUGGACCUCAUACCCACCAUAUGGAAAGAUAUUCGCUCACUGGGUCAUGAAAAUAAGUCAGGCCUGGUGGAGGAGGUGCUGUCCCUUAUGGCUAGAGAUAAACACAGCCCUGAGGUUCAGGAGUUGUUCGCUCAGUGCGCUCUGGACAUAAAGACUGUGUACACUGGAGAAGGAGGGUGGUCCCGUCUGGAGUGGACCCCUGCUGCCCUCUCAUACAUCGCCUCUCUGCUACUGAGAACCGACAAGACCCAGCAGGCUUGGGAGAUACUGCAGCUCUUCAAGACAAACAACAGAGUUCCUUCAGCGGAGCUGUUGGAGGACUUCCUGUUAGCAUGUCACAGCAGUGGAUCUUCGCAGAGGGCUGUGGAGCUGGUUCAGAUGUCGGCGGCCUUCUGUCUGUCAACCACACCCAAGCUGGCUGAGAAAGUGUUGGCCCAGUUUGAGCUCAAUGAGGAGCAGAGGACAUUAUUAUCGGAACUGGAGUCUACAGGAGAGCCCUCUGACUGAGGUCAACGCCUCGGUCUGAAGCCACUGACUGUUAGAGCUGUACUGUUUCUGUAUGUGUGGAAUAAAAUGUAUACGACACGUCUAAACCUCACUUCUCCAGCUGUUUUAAGGAAAAUGCAGUAGAGGGCACUAUUUCAUCAUAUUCAGAUUUUUGUCCCAGCUUUUUGUAAAUGUUUACACCUUCAAGUGGGAGCUGAAGUUUUGCCUUCAGUAGCGUAUGCAUCAACAGAAAGGCAACACAAAAUAAAACAUAUACCUAUAAUAUUGA